AUGCUGUGGCCGCGGCUGGCGGCGGCCGAGUGGGCGGCACUGGCCUGGGAGCUGUUGGGCGCGUCGGUGCUGCUGCUCGCCGUGCGCUGGCUGGUGCGGCGGCUGGAGAAGCCCCGGGGCCUGGGCCGCGGCGGGGCGCUCGGCCCGCAGCCCGGAGAGGCCGCAGCUCCAGACCCGGGACGAAUGACCAUGGAUGCUGUGUUGGCGCGGCUGAAACUCCUGAACCCAGAUGCCCUGAGAGAGGAGAUUGUCAAAGCUGGACUGACGUGUGGACCCAUCACAUCAACCACAAGGUUCAUUUUUGAGAAGAAGCUGGCUCAGGCCUUGCUCAAGCAGGAAGGGUUGCUGUCUUCCUCUUUCCCCAGCUGCCAGGAAGCAGAUGGCAUGACACUCAGACAAGAAACACGGAAGUCUGCUGUGGGAAUUCCAGAUGAGCAGGCCAGCCUUCCUGAAGACAGAGAGUUCGGUUAUGAUGUGGGCUUGAAUCCUCCCCCGGAGGAGGUUGUGCCAUCCAAGAACUGCCCAGUGCCCUUCUGUGCUGCAACCCAUGUCAGCACCCACAGAGCUGGCAUGACAGCUACCAAGGAGCCGCAGCAGUACUAUGGAGUCUGCCCUUCGUAUGAGGACCUUCCUGUGAGAAACGACCGGAUCCAUGUUUAUGAUGAUAAAAAGGAAGCAUUGCAAGCUGUUAAAAUGAUCAAAGGUUCCCGAUUCAAAGCUUUUUCCACCAGAGAAGAUGCUGAGAGAUUUGCUAGAGGAAUUUGUGAUUACUUCCCUUCCCCAAGCAAAGCCUCAUUCCCACCUUCUCCUCCGAGGAGUGCAGCAGGCCUCAACAAUGGUGGACUCAAAGGAAGUUUGUGUUUGAGUGAAUCAGAUGUAGUGAACAAAGAGCGGGCCAACAGCUACAAAACCCCCCGCACGCAGGACCUCACUGCCAAGCUGCGAAAGGCUGUGGAGAAGGGAGAAGAGAAUGUGUUCUCUGAGCUUAUCUGGAGUAACCCACGGUAUCUGAUUGGCUCAGGGGACAAUCCCACCAUUGUCCAGGAAGGAUGUAGGUACAAUGUCAUGCAUGUUGCUGCCAAGGAGAACCAGGCUUCCAUCUGCCAGCUGACCCUGGAGACCCUGGAAAACCCAGAGUUCAUGCGGCUCAUGUACCCAGAUGACGACCUGGGCAUGCUUCAGAAGCGCAUCCACUACAUUGUUGAUCUUUAUCUGAACACUCCUGACAAGAUGGGCUAUGACACACCGUUACAUUUUGCUUGUAAGUUUGGAAAUGCAGAUGUGGUCAACGUGCUUUCUUCACACCCUUUGAUUGUAAAAAACAUGAGGAAUAAAUACAAUAAGACACCUGAAGAGGUUAUUUGUGAAAGAAGCAAAAAUAAAUCCAUGGAGCUGAAGGAGCGGAUCAAAGAAUACUUGCAGGGUCACUAUUACGUACCGCUAUUGAGAGCAGAAGACACAUCCUCACCCGUCAUUGGAGAGCCGUGGGCAUCAGACCAGACAGCUGCAACCUCUCACCAUGGUCACUCAGGAGGUGGCCCCCGGGACCCUGUGCUGACCCUGAGAGCUUUUGCUGGGCCCAUGAGUCCAUCCAAGGCAGAAGAUUUUCGCAGACUCUGGAAGACUCCACCACGAGAGAAAGCAGGUUUUUUUCACAGCGUCAGAAAAUCUGACCCAGAGAGAGGCAUUGAAAGAGUGGGCAGGGAGCUAGCUCAUGAGCUGGGGUAUCCCUGGGUUGAAUACUGGGAAUUUCUGGGCUGUUUUGUUGAUCUGUCUUCCCAGGAGGGACUGCAAAGACUAGAAGAUUAUCUUGCUCAGCAGGAAUUGGGCAAAAAUGCUCCACAAGAAACAGCAGAAAAGGAAGCCUACCUGGGGGACAGGACCCUGGCAUCUGGUGACAAUUCCGUCUCUGUGGGGGCAUUUCUAGAUGAAGAGGAUAUGAGCUUGGAAGAAAUGAAGAAUCAGCAAAAUGCAGCUCGAAACCUGGGCCAGCUUACAGUCUGUGCCUGGGGAGACUCAUGUGGCCCCCUUUCCUUGGAGCAGAAUGUGGCCUUGACAGAAGCCUUGGGCCCUAGCAGAGGCGCCAGCAGCAGAAACGGGUUCCUUAGUCCCAGCAAGGACCCAGGGGGCAGCAGACCAAAGGCCUCCCAUGCAGGAGAAGACCUCCUGUCACCUCUCUCUGAGCUGACUGUGGACUUCAAUAAGCUGAACUUGCAAAGUCCAGAAGGCAGCUUUUCCAAGACACCUGAAAAAUACGUGGAAACCAAGGAUAACAAGAUGCCAACUCCCAGGAUGGACACGGCAGAAUGUGACUUGCUACCAUCUCCACCUGCUGCUCACAGGCUCAAAAAGAACCACAGAGACAUGGAGCAGGAAAUGUCGGCUGGAGUUGCUGAGCUGCCCCUAGAGCCCAGCAGCCCCCCACACAAGGCCCAGGGCAGGUGUCCAGCCAGCUCCUCCCCUGACUCCAGGCUCUUCCUCUUUGGGGAGAUGCCGUCCAAGCUGGACCGGGAUGUUCUGGCAGCUCUGGAAUGCACAGAUGUGGACCCUCGGUGGUACCCAGCCGUGCACAAAUGGAAGAGUGCUGUCCUGGGCUACUCACCUUCCGACAGGCAGAGCUGGCCAAGCCCUGUUCUAAAGGGGAAGUUCAAGUCUCAGCUGUCUGAUCCACCCAGCAACAGUCCUGGGAGAAGCCCUGUGAAGCCUGGCCACACCACCCACUCGCCCAGCCUGGGGCGCUACAGCCCUGCCCACAGGAGCCACUUCUGUAGGAUGGCACAAGUGGCCCAGCUCGCCACCCCUUAGGUCUGGGCAGCACCCAGUUCCAUCAUUUCCAAAGAAGUGAGGGUGGUGUAUUUCAUUGGUAAAAUUUCGUUAAAAGAUAUUCUGAGUAAUUUAUCCAUCCUUGCCUUGAGGGUACAAGAACUUUAGAAAACACCAAUGUUCUUUGGAAAAUUUACACUUCCUAGAAAAUGUCAACAUGCCGAACACAGAGACCACUGGGUAGCAGUGCCUGGGUUAGGAAUGACAGAAAAGCGAGCAAGGGAGGAGGAACUGGCAGAACUGAACUGCUGGCUCGGAUUUCCUGGGCUCUCCCUUCAGCCAGCCAGGAUGCCCUGGUUAUUGCUGCAGUCACCAUUCAGAAAACGGAAGCCUUCCAGCCAGUGAGUAGUGAGCCAGCAUGUACCAGCUCCUGGGCUCACAGUGUGUUGAAGAUCAGGCUGAGGAUCCCUGUGCAUAAACUGGCAUGUCGCAGAUGGCCCCUCAUGUGUCCCACCUUGUCAGGAUCUCUGUGUGGCAGAGCAGUGCGUUGCAGGCAUGGGAGACGGGGCUGAAGCAGAAGUCAACACUGACAGCUGAGCCUCGAGGCCCAGCGAUAGCUAGCUCAUCCACACAAGGUGAAAAACUGUAACAAUGCUUUUGCUAAUGUCAGUGCCUUUCUAAGUAAUUUCCAAUUUUUCUGAAUUUGCUUUUUAAGACUACAAAAUUGUCCUAAGUAGUUGUAACUAAGAUAAUUAUUUUAUUGGUAAAACUUUUGAGCUGAAA